AUGGCGGAAAGGGCUAAUGCGCGUGCGGACAACGUGAGCCGUCUGCGGGAACUCUUGCAGUCAUGCCCGGCGCACGAGCGCAGGACACUGUUUCCGAAGCCCCAGCCCCACCCCCGCCGCGACGUGUGGCCGCUCGCCACACCGGUCGCUCCAUUGUCGCAGUACUCCAGCGCCAGUGCACGGAUCAGGAAGUCAGCCGCACCGGAAACGUAUCGCUUCCUUAGCAGUGCAGUGACGGAAUCCGUUCAACAGGAUACCCGUCGUCGUGCAGUCGCUGAUACACGCGACACCGCUGGCGAGUGCGGUGCGAAGGGGCAGCAGGAGAAGGGUUACUAUGGCUCGCCAUGCUGGUAUGGCGCACCGCCUGGGACGUGGAUGGAUGCUGCGUACUUUACUGCCCAUCAGAGCAGCCGCUGGAAUUCGCACUUCCAUGACCUGUAUUACAUCCGUAACGAGCCCACGGCGCCUCUGCUGCGCUGCCCAGCGUGUGUGUGGCAACGACUACGCGACGGCGUGGCGGCGUCGCUGCGGGCAGAGUCUUCCAGCUUGUCUGCGCCCUGUGCAGCCGCGGAAGUUCCGUCGGCGUCAUCGUCGUCGCCACUUUGGAUGAGUCCGACGGAGCUGCAUCGGCAUCUGAGUUUCAUCCACGCUGACGAGCUCUUCACUCCACACGAGCUCAAGUUGUACAACGCACAAGUGCUUCGUGAGCUGCGGUACAGCUGCGGUCUUGCGCCGGCUCCCAAGCCUGCUGACGGUGGGAUCAGCGCAGGCGUAGCACCGGGUGUACGUAAGACGCAGCCUGCUCGUGUCAUCCUCGUCGCUGACGUAGCCAACGUCGAGCUCGGCUCCCCUGGUGAGCUGCUGGAGAUGCUUCUCUCACCGAAGCUGCGGCGCAUCUUUUCCGAUUUUCCUGUAGCACUCUGCGCCACGCACGAGCUCUUCGUGCCCGUGACCGCGAAGACGCUCCACACCUUGUACCAGCUGGCCCGCCUCCACCCAGCGUCUACCCUGCACGUUUUCUUUGCGAACACGUCCCUGGAGUCGGGAGACCUGUUGACCUCCUCCUACCUGAACGAUCUCCUCCUCGCAAGCCCACGUUGCACCGUCCCACCGGUGGUGUUGCUGACGGCCGACCUGCAGCAGCAGCGGGCCUUGAAGGAGUUGCACGGGGCACCGGCACACGGUAUCGGCAAUGGCGGGCACGUGCACUGGGUGAAGCCUCUCACAGCGUCGCAGCUGGUGUUUGACCUGUACGCCGCCCUCGAGAGCUCGCAGUCCCUCAUGUGA